CGGAGAUCCAGCCUUAGCAGCGGUGGAAAAAGGGAUGUUUAUGAUUUUCAGGGAUUCAGUCAUUUCAACCUAACUUCGCUUUUCACUGUAAAACAGAAGUAGGUACUCCGCUCACGCGUCUUUCUUUGGGUGCCACAUUAAGUGAAUGGAGAUCCGUAUUUCAUGUUUACUCUAUAGUGGUUCGGACUGAGUUUGCGGAUCAUUUCUAACGUCGUUGAUUCGGCAUUUAGCAAUUUUGCGAAUAAUCUGAGUGAGAUUUGGAAUAACAGCCCGUCAGAAUGUCCCGUGAGCAGAAGGCGGUGGAGUGCGCGAGGAAAGCGUUCCUCACUGGGAGGUCGAAGCCCUUAGAACACCGGAUCCGCCAGCUGAAGAACCUCCAGAGAUUCCUCUUGGAGAGAGAGAAGGAGAUAGCUGAGGCGAUCAAGAAAGACCUGAACAAGAGUGAGGCAGGCACCCAGCUGUAUGAGACACUGGGCCUGGAAGGGGAGAUUGUCCUUGCAGUGAAGAAGCUGGCAGAGUGGGUUGCCCCCCGGCCUGUUGAGAAGAACCUCCUGACCAUCUCAGACACUGUUUACAUCCAGCCUGAACCGCUGGGAGUGGUGCUCAUCAUAGGAGCAUGGAACUACCCCUGGGCCGUCACCAUACAGCCACUUAUAGGGGCUAUCGCUGCAGGCAACGCUGCUGUGGUGAAGCCGUCUGAGGUGUGUGUCCACACCGCCAAGGUUAUGGAGGACCUGCUGCCCGCCUACAUAGACAAGGAGUUGUACCCAGUGGUGACAGGGGGUGUAUCAGAGACCCAGGAGUUGCUGCGUCAGCGGUUCGACCAUGUGUUCUACACAGGGAACAGCAUGGUGGGGAAACUGGUGAUGGAGGCAGCAGCCAAACACCUCACCCCCAUUACCUUGGAGCUGGGGGGCAAGAGCCCCUGUUACAUCGACAAGAACUGUGACAUCCCCAUCGCCUGCCGUCGUGUGACAUGGGGGAAGUAUUCUAACUGUGGGCAGACGUGUAUCGCUCCAGACUACAUCCUGUGUGAGCCCAGCAUCCAGGACCGCGUGCUGGAGGAGAUCAAGAAGUCCAUCAAAGCCUUCUACACAGAGGACCCCAAGACCUGCCCCGACUACGGACGCAUCAUCAACCAGCGCCACUUCAAACGCAUCAUGGCCAUGACAGAGGACAGCACCAUCGCUAUAGGAGGGGAUAGUGAUGAGUCAACGUGCUACAUAGCUCCUACAGUACUGAAGGACGUGCAGGUGAACUCCAAGGUGAUGCAGGAGGAGAUUUUUGGUCCCCUGCUCCCCAUCCUGACGGUCAGUGGAGUGGACGAGGCCAUCAACUUCAUCAACAAGGGAGAGAAACCCCUCGCCCUCUAUAUCUUCUCACCUGAUGACAAGGUGAUAAAGAAAGUGAUAGCAGAGACCUCCAGUGGAGGAGUGUUGGCUAAUGACUGUCUUGUGCACUACUCUGUCAGUGCACUGCCCUUUGGUGGAGUGGGUAACAGUGGAAUGGGCAGCUACCACGGAAAGUUCAGCUUUGACAACCUGAGCCACCUGAGGGGCUGUCUUAUCAAGCAGCUGAAGAUGGAGGGGGUUAACGACAUGCGCUACCCUCCCCAUACUGCCAAGAAACUGUUCUGGGCACGCUUCUUCAUCCUCAAAAAUCCAGACCUGGGGUGGUUAGGACGCAUGACGCUGCUCGCUAUCAUCGCUGUGGUGGCUGCUGUGGUGCUACAGAGAUAUCUUCAGUGAGAUCAAACAAGUCUACGCGUACUUCUGGCCUGAUGUUACUCUGGUGACCCGCUGGACCCUGGAACAGAGUUGGGUCUAAAAGUGCUAAAUGAACUUUGACGCGGUUAAGAUUCUGUCUGCUUCAAGAUAAUACUCAUCCGUAACCAUAGUAAUGUCAGGUUCAACCUUUAACCCCUCCCCAAUAACCCCUAUCAGAAUUAUUAUGCAAUUCUGCAUGAAACCGUUUCAGAAGGAUUAGCUUGCUAAUGCUUACUAACAUUAGCUAGCCGCAACAGAUUUUAUGAAUGUGAUUUUUUUAUCUGAUUUAUGGCACUUUAAUCAGUGUAAUAUUAUGUGAAUUUGUUAGUUAAACCUGUCCGCUUUUUAUUUUAAGCCUUAAAACGUUGAAAUGUUUGCUGCUUAUUAACUUUUUGGAAAAUGUAUCAAAAUAAACAAUGCAUACCUCUUAUAAAAGGUUAUAACUGGUCAUAUCGCUGCGCUAUGAAGAAGCAUAGCUGACCUAUAUGCAAGGUUCUCUAAGGAUUGCAUAAAUUCCUUUCAUAUGAAUGAAUAAUCAUGAAGUAUUGUGUGUUAAUAUUGUACUAUUAUUACACAUGCUUGUAUGUUUCAGUCAGCCUCAGAGAAGCACAACUCUAGUUCUGUUAUCAUUUCAGUUUUUAAUUUCAACUGUUAGAAAGAGAUUGCAAUGGAGAUGUAUUUUAUUUGAAGUAGAACUUUAACAUUCCCUGUCAGUGAUUUACCAUGCUUUUCCAGGGCAAUUGUUCUGAUUGUUGCAUUGUAUUUUUUAUGUUUCACAUUCACACUAUGUGCCUGAAACAAAACCAAAUAACCAAUCAAGUACCUUUCGAGAAUUACACCUUCCAUUUCACCACAGAGUUCUUAAAAUAUUUGCCUGAAGAACUUGUAUUCAAUAGCUCAGGGUGUAACAAAGUAUGACAACUACUAUGCCUGAGCAACAAUGAAGGAUUAACAGCGUAUAAUGUCAAUGUUUUGGUAUUACCGUCAGAGCAUUCCCAUGGCAUUGAUUGUAAUUAAUUUGUAAUAAAUCCGUUUUUAUGUCCUUCA